AUGCCCGCACCCACUGACGGUCCUAUGAUGAUCUCUCUGUCCGAAGAGGAGAGACUCAGUGGAGUUCUCACCCCCGAACACCUUUUCGACGCUGUAACUGCCAUGUUCCAUGAUGGCCUUGUUGUCCUCAGCAACGCUAUCGACGUUCAAGUCAUUGACAAGCUCAACGACAAGAUGAAGGAUGAUACCGCCAAGAUCCUUUCUGGAGCCGUCAAAGUUCACUGGAACCAAGGACGAGACAAGGGCAAUGUAUCCCAGGUACCUCCUAUUGCCGAAGACUGGCUCUUCCCCGAGAUCUACGCCAACAAAGCCGCUUCACAUGUUCUAUCUCAUGUUCUCGGUCCCAAGCCUGAACUUCGCUACAUCCGAUCCAACACUCUCCUCGGUAACGCUACCGAGCGUCAGCGAGUCCACAAAGACGUCAAGAUGCGUCACCUCAUGCACCCGUUCGCCAUCGCCAUGAACGUUUGUCUCAUCGAUGCUUCCCCUGAGAAUGGGUCGACAGAAGUCUGGCUCGGUACCACUUCUCAAUCGACUUCGGAUGAUCUUCAGGAGAUCGGGCUUGGAUUUGUGCGGGAGGACAAGCUCGAGGAGCGAAGAGCAGUAAGGCCUCCUGUUCAGGCAAGUAUCCCCAGAGGCAGUCUGAUCCUCCGUGACCUUCGUUUGUGGCACGCUGGUAUGCCCAACAACACCCCCGAGACCCGUGUCAUGCUCGCAUUCGUCUACUUUGCCGCCUGGUACGGCUGUGAGAUGCAACAGCCUGUCCCCCGAUCUCUCAAGCCUGCCAUUGAAGCUCUAGCGGCUUCCAACGACUCCAAGAUUGUGGUCGAGUACGUUGAUGACGAGCUUGCUAGCGACUAUCUCAACGUCGAGUUCGAGGCCAAGUUUUGGUCCAAGCUCCAGCAAGGGGCUAUGUAA